GUGUGUUCUUAGGUACGAUCUUCUGCUACCUUAACCAUUACCCUGGUUAAGAUUAUUUUUUAGCAUUUUUAGCGUUUCUUAAAGAAGAGAAGAUGGAGGCCACAGAAAGGGAAAACACAGAGGACAUUGAGACUCUCAUGGAGGACAUGGACUACAUCCCUGGUCACUUCCACCUGGAUCUAAAUCUUAACUGUGAUCCUACUGGGCCAGUGAAGCUGAGACAUCGGGACACUUAUUUAAGACAGGAAAGCCUGCGAGCUGAGCUAGAAGCAGAAGUUGGAUAUUUGCAAUAUGCUGUGCGAAAUCUGUUGGGCCUGCUGGCUUUUAACCUGGAACAGCUGGACACUGCUGAGGAAAUAUUCAGGGGCAAUUGCAAAGAGGACCCUGGGAAUCUGAAUGCCUGGGCAAACCUGGGCUACGUGUAUGACAAGCUGGGACGAGAACUGGAUGCAGGGGAGUGUGUGGACAAAGUGUCCAACCUCAUGGGCUUAGACGGCGGUGAGGCGUCUCAGGAUGAGAUCAGGAUUAUGGCUGCACGCUGCCUGGUCGAGCAGGCCUACGUCUUUCCGUACGAUAUAGAGCUGGACAGCGACGACGACUUGAGAGAGCGACUGAACACUGCACUGUCUUUUUACAACAGAGCCCUGCAUUAUGGGGGUGACCUGAUACCGAUAGAGGAAAAACGAAGCUGGUAUUUUAAAAUGGCAACAAUCUACAUAAGGCUGGACAACAUAGUAAAGACCAAAGAGGAUUCUGAGUACUCCAGACUUUCGCACUACAAUAAAGGACUCCAGUUUCUGAAAGAAACACUGGAAUCUGAGAAAACACAGCACAAAGCUCUAGCUUGGUGUUAUGUCGGCAUCAUGUUAGAAAGGAAGAAGGAGUUUUCCCCUGUGCCCAUGUCCAUACACGACUGCGGUUUCUCGGCUUCGGAUCCUCUGUCCUGUUAUGGAACUGCCAUAAAUAUGGCCAGUGACGAUGCAUUUAUCCUGAACCUUCUGGCCAGAGUCUUCUCUCUGCUGGGUAAACAUGAAAUGGCUACAGGGAUCUGCAAUAUGGCCCUAAAUGUGCUGCCAGAUCCAGAACUCAACUGGCAGGCUCACUGCACCCGUGCCAAGAUCAAUAUAAUCCUGUACAUGGGGGACCUCGAGAAGGCAAAGUUUGGUGAUGGUGGAAUCCCAGACCGACAGAAGCUAAUUGAAGCUAGAAAAGACUUAGACAAAGUACUCGGUGUACGCCCCUGUCUUCGAACACAUUUGGAGAUGGCACAGGUAUACUACUACAUGGGUGUAGAUGCACUCCAGGAGAGCCUUUUGGUGGAUGAGAGUGCAAUAAAUAGUGCCCUGGUGAGUUUGUCUCACGCUCUGAAGUUUGAGCUGGGAGACUGCUUACCGGAACUUCAUGUGCUCAGAGGACGCUGCCUCCUCGUGAAAGGCGAGGAGCAGAACGCCGUAGACUGCUUCAAAAAAGCUCUGGAGUUAGAGAAACAAGGGAGCAGAGACACCACAGCCCUGCGCUGCCUCUUACAGGCUCUCCUGACUCUGUUCAUGCAGGGACACCCUGACCCUGGCAUUGUCAUCACUCAGCUGGAAAUGUGGGUGCUCAAGGCAGAGGAGCUGUACUCUCAGGACAUAGUGAAGGCUGAGCUGAGGUACCUUUAUACGACACACACGGCAGAGGUUACAGAGUUAUCGAGGGUUCUGAUCAAGACAGGACGCCUGGACCUAGUGAGGAGGCUGCUGGAUACAGUGGUGCCUGAACAGCUGGCUAAAAAGAGAUCACUGGUCCUUAGGUCGGUCUCAUUAAAAUGAUGCAAAGAUAUGGCUUGAACAGUUAUUAAAGAAUGACUUAACAUCAUUUCAUGUAUUUAAAUAAACAGCUCUUACUAAGUGCUGCCUAUACAGCAUUUACAGGAUGUUUUCUCCAAACUGUGAUUAAUCUAUCGUUCUGUUUUUUGUAAGAUAAUAGCUGUAAGGUAUCAUAUUUUUUGGAGUGCUUCGCAAACUGAGUAGUUUUACAUCUUAAGCAGUCUUACUGCUAUUGCAAAACCCACACACUGUCCCACUACCUCUCACUUAGUAGAUGUUUUACCACUAAUGACCUGCAGAUGGGGGUAUAUACCAUAAGAUUGUUGAACCAAAAACAGAGUUGGCAACAAUGUAUUGUGAGCCUUUGAGAAGUGUGAUGUAAGUGUUUAUAGGACAUUUAAAAUUGCAUUUAAUAAAAUAAUUACUUUUGGAACACUUAAUACACCAACUCUUGCAGAUGUGGAAUCUCACAGGUUUGAGGGGGUACAAGCAUUUAGUUGACACAGUGAUUGUUGAUAUUUUCCUUAAUUUAAAUACAUGUCUAUUAAUUUGUAGUUAAAUGAAUAAGUUAUGAUGACAUAUACAAAGCAAACCUGUUGCUUCAUCCUGCUGCAAUUUGAAGGAUAA